AUGAUUUGGCAACGUGGCCGUGCAACGGCGCUGCCUGGUAGCCGUGCCGACGUCAAGUCUCGAAUGACCAAUUGUGGUCGAACGAAAUCCUACACGGUCAAUGAGAUCGAGCAGUGCAUCAAGGCAACACCUCUGGCCCAACGACAAACUUACCGUGCAUUGGCAGCAGCGAUUGGAGUCUCAACUUGGACGAUUUGGAACUUUAUCCAAAGCAAGUGGGUCACCCGACGUCCAAACUGGACAAAGCCACGGCUCAAGCCCGAACACAUGAAGCAGCGCGCCGACUUCUGCAAGGCAAUUUUGAACGACUACAGUAAGCAUAAUGACAAUGAAUUGUACAAUGCCGUUCACAUUGACGAAAAGUGGUUUUACAUCACCAAGAUUCGUCGCCGCUUUUACCUCUGGCAUGACGAAGAGAACAUGCCCAGACACGUGCAAUCGAAGAGCCACAUCACCAAAGUGAUGUUCCUGGUGGCCGUGGCCCGACCUCGCAGCGACUGGGACGGAAAAUUUGGCUGCUGGCCUUUCGUGGUGUCCACUCCCGCCCAACGAACAAGCGCGAAUCGGCCAGCAGGCGCACUUGUCACGAAGUCGGUCUACCGUUCGUAUCUCGUUGAGAAGGUCAUUCCGUCGAUCAAGGAGAUGUGGCGUUGGCUUACCGACGACAACGAAGGGGUCGUGUACUUGCAGCAGGACAACGCUCGCGCUCAUGUCGCUGCCGAUGAACCAACUGUUGCUGCUGCCGCUGAGCAUGCGGCCUUCCGCAUUCAAGUGCGCAACCAACCGCCGCAAAGCGUAAACUCGAGUACCCGUGUCCGCGUAAAUGAUCGGGCAGGAGAACGUCCACUUCGGGACACCGCGCGAGUUCCGCGAGCAAGUCGGCUAGUGGCGCGUCCUUGGAUAGAAGAUGCGCUGCGCGGGAUUCCUUUGGACUGUAUCAUUUGGUUGAUCUUCAUCCACAGCCACACAGUGGUUGUCUUGAAGCACGGCGAGGACGUCCUUGGCCACGGUCCUGGUGCGUGUAACACAGCGGUCACGGAUGAAACGCUUGACCAAGGCGCGCACAGCUCGGGUGUUAUGAACCCUGGAUUGGUGAUUCGUCGUGUUGGAUGGCGGACGCGAGACCGACAAGUCCCCUGUGGCCAAGAACUCGGCCAUGACAGCCUUGACUGUGCGGGCACCAUGCCCAAGCAAUCCACCGACAACACCAGAGACAUCAGAGCAACCUUACUCACGAAGGGAUGCUUGAAGCCAAAGAAUGUCCAGCUUCUCCUCGUAGGUCAAGCUGCGCCCACGGCGCAUCUUGACGAAUUUCUUCAUCCGCGCUAUGACCCCCGCAUCCAUGCACGACACGGGAAAUUUGGCCCAGUCACAGCCGUCAUGUUUCGCUCUAUUUGA